UGUAACAACACCUCCUUAUCGUCCAAAACGUCACAUCUACACCACAAACACUCGGCACUCGUGCUCAACCUUCGUCCUUAUGAUCGUGCCCUGAUGCACACCACUCCGCGAUCAUGUCGAACAGUAUCAAGGUUGUGGCGCGGUUCAGGCCGCAGAACCGCACCGAGAUUGAAGUCGGGGGUCAGCCUAUUGUUGAAUUCGAGAGCGAGGACACUUGCAAACUAGAUUCAAAAGAAGCCUCUGGAUCCUUUACCUUCGACCGAGUGUUUGAUAUGAACUCGCGCCAAAAAGAUGUCUUCGAUUUCUCUAUCAAGCCGACUGUGGACGACAUUCUUAACGGAUACAAUGGAACGGUCUUUGCAUAUGGGCAAACGGGUGCGGGAAAGUCAUAUACCAUGAUGGGCACAGACAUCGACAAUGAUGAGGGGAGGGGUGUGAUUCCUCGAAUCGUGGAACAGAUCUUUGCCAGCAUAUUGUCUAGUCCUGGGACAAUCGAAUACACGGUACGGGUCAGCUAUAUGGAAAUAUACAUGGAGCGGAUUCGGGAUCUUUUGGCACCACAUAACGACAAUCUUCCCGUUCACGAAGAGAAGAACAGAGGUGUAUAUGUGAAGGGACUACUAGAAAUCUACGUCUCGAGCGUACAGGAAGUGUAUGAGGUAAUGAGAAGAGGUGGGAGUGCAAGAGCUGUUGCAUCAACAAACAUGAACGCAGAAUCCUCACGAUCCCACUCGAUAUUUGUCAUUACGAUUACGCAGAAGAAUGUCGAAACGGGGUCAGCGAAAAGUGGACAACUGUUCUUGGUCGAUUUGGCAGGUAGUGAGAAAGUCGGCAAGACAGGUGCUAGCGGACAAACUCUGGAGGAAGCCAAGAAGAUCAAUAAGAGUUUGAGUGCUCUGGGCAUGGUCAUCAAUAAUCUGACGGACGGCAAAUCAUCCCAUAUUCCAUAUCGAGACUCGAAACUCACGCGUAUCUUGCAAGAAUCUUUGGGAGGAAACAGUCGGACAACGCUUAUCAUUAACUGCUCGCCGAGUAGCUACAACGAUGCGGAAACUUUGAGCACGCUUAGAUUUGGUAUGCGGGCGAAGGCAAUCAAGAACAAGGCCAAGAUCAAUGCGGAGAUAAGUCCAGCAGAACUCAAGGCACUGCUCAAGAAGGCACAAUCACAAGUCACCACAUUCGAGCAAUAUAUUCAGACCUUGGACGCAGAAGUACAGCAAUGGCGGUCUGGAGAGUCAGUACCAAAAGACAGAUGGGCACCGCCUCUGGAUGGCGUGGGUGUCGCGAAGGCAAAAGCACAACCGCCGAGACCAUCUACGCCAUCCAGAUUGAUGACGGAAAGUCGAGCAGAAACACCAGCAAUCUCCGAACGAUCCUCGACCCCAAGUUUACCUAUGGACAAGGAUGAACGAGAGGAGUUCCUGCGUCGUGAGAACGAACUUCAAGACCAGAUCGCCGAGAAGGAAACCCAGAUUGCUGCAGCUGAAAAGACCCUGCGAGAUACCAAGGAAGAGCUCACAUAUUUGAAAGAACGGGACAGCAAGGCAAACCGGGAGAACGAAAAGCUCACUGGUGAUGUCAACGAGUUCAAGAUGCAGAUGGAACGUCUAACUUUUGAGAGCAAGGAGGCUCAAAUCACUAUGGAUGGUCUCAAGGAGGCUAAUGCAGAGCUGACUGUCGAGCUGGACGAAGUCAAGCAACAGUUGCUCGAUGUCAAGAUGUCCGCUAAGGAGACCAGUGCUGUGUUAGAUGAAAAGGAGAAGAAGAAGGCAGAGAAGAUGGCUCAGAUGAUGGCAUCUUUCGACCUUGGUGGAGACGUGUUUAGUGAUAAUGAGCGAGCUAUCAAGAAGGUGAUUGACCAUGUCGAUGCUCUGCACGAACAAUCAUCGGCCGGGGAAGCCAUUCCUCCGGACGAGUUCCAAGAAAUCCGAGCAGCACUGGUUGAGACUCAAGGCAUCGUCCGACAAGCAGAACUCUCUGUUUACGCUCCAGCAGAAAGCACUGCGAAUGCCAAGCGAAGAGAAGAAUUGGAAGGCCGGCUUGAGGCUAUAGAGCGUGAAUAUGAAGAACUUCUAGAGCGCAAUCUAAGCGAAGCUGAUGUUGAGGAAGUUAAGACUCGCUUAGCCCAAGCUUACGCCAACAAGCAAGAUGUGCAGACAUCUUUGGUGGAAGAUCUAAAGGCAGAACUUGCUCAGAAGACAUCCGAGAUCCAAAAGUUCAAGGCUGUCAACGAAGAUCUUCAACAGAAGGUGAAGGCAGGUGGUGCUCCAAAUGGUACCGCCAGCAUGGCAAAUGGCAAGACUGUGCAACAACAAAUUGCAGAGUUUGAUGUUAUGAAGAAGAGCUUGAUGAGAGAUCUUCAGAACAGGUGCGAGCGUGUGGUCGAGCUCGAGAUCAGCUUAGACGAGACCAGAGAGCAAUACAACAAUGUUCUUAGAUCAUCCAACAACAGAGCGCAGCAGAAGAAGAUGGCGUUUUUGGAGAGGAAUCUGGAGCAAUUGACUCAUGUCCAACGACAACUUGUUGAGCAAAAUGGCAGUCUCAAGAAGGAGGUUGCUAUUGCUGAGCGCAAGUUGAUCGCCAGAAAUGAGCGCAUCCAAUCUCUGGAGUCGUUGCUUCAAGAUUCUCAAGAGAAGCUUACAGCCGCAAACCAUCGAUUCGAAGCACAACUUGCUGCGGUUAAAGAGCGUCUCGAUGCCGUCAAAGCCACAAGACAAAUGGGCUCGCCUACGAACGGCAACUUCUCCUUCGGUGGGGCUGGGUCUCGCAUCGCAAAGCCACUGAGAGGAGGUGGCGGUGAUGGCCCGGUCAUCCCAACUAUCAGCGGACUUCAAAACGAAGCUUCAGGCAACUCAGGGAAGAGAACAAGUUGGUUCUUCUCCGGCCAGAAAUAAGGAAUGCGUUGUGGAAAGUAAGGAAAUCUCGGAAUACGAGGAGGCAAGCAACGAAAGAGUAGACUAGAUAAGAUGAGUUAUGUAUACCCACGUUUUCCGUCACGGUUUGUUUUGGAUUGUUGUUGAUCUUAUUCUCCCUCUUCUUCGAGUCGUUGAUUGCAUAGAUGGGAUAAGGAGCGCGGGACGGACCGGAAGGACUGGGCGGGUGGGCUACCUUUUUAUUCAGAAUGGGCGAGCGAGCGAAGCAUUAUCUGGAAGGAUGGGUGGUCUAUAUAGGCGUUGCGAAAUCAUUAAUUGAAGAUGCCCCAACUCUGGAAUUUGGGGUUCGAGUUUGAG